CACACUCGCACCGCCUUCGGAGAUGAGACUGCUUCCUGAUGUCCUUUGAUUGCCAUGCAGACUGCCGACCAAAGCAAGUCUAGCACGUCGCAGGACAGUUGCUCAGACGAGCAUAAUCGACUUGUAGACGUGACGGUGCCUCCGAGACUGAGGUCCUCAUCUCUGGACCUGUCAAUCCAGUUGCCGGGUUAUGACCUCUGGCUGACCUUCCACCACCUCGCUGACGUUCAUUCUGUGCAGAUAAAAAAUGUGCACGUCGUGCCGCGUCCUCUGGACGUCCCAAAAUUUACCGAUGCCCUUGCGGAUGCGCUAUGUUACUAUCCCCAUGCCGCCGGCCGUCUACAGCGUAUGGACGGUUCUUGGUCCAUUGCUCUUGAAGACAAUGAAGUUCCCGUCCAGAUCGAGUACAGAACAAGCCCCGACGUGGGCAUACAGCAAUCCUGGGUUGUCCAAGAUGACCUUGCCCAUUUCCUGAAUUCGUCCAGCAGUGCAGAAGGGGACCCCGUCGGUGGGGAUGCACCUCUUCUCCGACUGAAGCUCACAAUUGCAGCGGGGGAGACCGCCAUCGGGAUAUCCUGGCAUCAUACACUGGGAGACGCGACGACAUUAUUGCGCUUCAUGCAUUGCCUUUCCCAAUGCUACCAGGGCUUACAACCCACAUUCCCUCGACCGACAUUCACCAAACACGACCUCCCUCGUCCGUCACAGGAGACAACAGAACGAUACCUGCCAUUGAUGCCUCAUCUGGCUCGCACAUAUCCAGCAGCGAUACUGAGGGGCCUCUGUGCAGAGGCGAACGAGGACAUUCAUCCAAUUCGCAUUCGUAUUUCGGUGGACAAGCUGUCUCGCCUGCGGGAUAGAAUGGCCGCCUCCAUUAAAGCGACGAACGUCAAGAUCUCCAUACAGGACUGUUUGACCGCGUACAUAGUGUCCGUAUUGCAACGAUGUUCGGGGGUUAGCAUCAGGAUGGUCACAAACGCUGCUAGUGUGCGUAAGCAGACAGAUCAUGCUAUGAACAUUCUGUGGCUAACCUCGGCAGUAUCGCCGCGUUCAAGCACCGUUUAUUGA